AUGUAAAUUAUACUAGAUAAGUUCGAAGAAAUAUCAGCCAAGGAAAACGAAAAAAAAGUCAAGAAAUUUGUAAACUACAUCCUUGACCUUAUGGAUAAAAAUAAACUUGAUAAAAUGAAGAGCUUUAAAAGACUCCCCUGGCUUUAAAUAUGGCUCAAAGAAACCCAUCAAAUAGCCUAAUCUCUUCUUAAUUAUGAAGAAUAGAACUCAUCAUAAAUAUCUCAAGAUUCUUCACACAGCAACUUGAAGAAGAAACAAAAAAAGGAAGAAGACGAUUAGAAUGCAAUUUCUAAAUUCAGCAACAACGCUAAUUAAAAAUCAGAAGUAAUUAAAAUAGAAACAGAUGAAGGUGUACAGUAAAGCUAUUAGUCAAACUCAGAUAAAAAUUUCAAAUCUCCUAUAUCCCAGCCCAUAACAUAAAUAAUAAUGACGAACAAUCAAUAUCCUCUCAACCCCUUAAAUUUAUCUUCCUCUGUUAUGAUUUCUUCGAGGUAAGGUUUGAGCGAUGAUACCUCACUUCAAGAAACCCAUUGA